AGGGAGUGAAACUUCCUGUUGAGUCUGUUUUAUCAGCAGGGGCGGCGAGAGAGCACGGAGGCAGGGCUGGCGGGACUGAGCAGUGUAUCAAUACUGCACUGUGCCAGAGGCGUGAUACCUCGCUUCGGACCCUCGGCCUACUGACACACACAUUACAUAUAGGCACUCCUGGGGUACAAACCGGUUCACGGCAAUCCCACUAGGCAUAAAAGGGGGAUAAGUGAGGGUAGCAUCGCGUUGGCACGGUGUAUUAAUUGAAAAACUAGUCGGGUGUUGCAAGCUGGCGCACUGGACCUUCCUCUCCGCUGCAGGACCGGGAAGCGAGGUGGUGCUGGCUGGGAUGCUCAGUGUGGCCGGAGGAUAGCCUGGCCUACUGUAGUGCCUGUGCCUUGCCGGUAUGACCCCCUGACUAAAUCUGUGUGUUUAGUGCGUGUCGCGUUGUGCUGGGAGUGGAGUGAGUGGCUGCCGCUCUGAGGGGCCGCGGAUCUGAGGACAUGCAGGAUAGAGAACCAGGCGGCCAGACUCCCACCCACAGUCCUGAAUCGCGAGAUAUCGUUAUGGAUCGGUCUAUAAUGGACGGGGGAUAUCAUGCGUCGUGGUAGUUCAGUGGAGGCCCUGGCAAUAGUGACAACCUGCUAGGCGGAGGGGCCUUGCAUGGGAGACGGCGACGAUAUGGAGGUGGCGAGGACGGAGCCACAAGCCGAGGUGACCGACGUGCUUAUCAAGAGAGGCUUCAAGCGUGCGGCCAUCGUUGGCAUGGCGACCGGCAGCAGCACAGUGUUCCAGGGCGCCGUGACCAUGGGCGUCGACACCUCCAGCACGCCCGCAGCAGUGGUGGGCGCCGUGCUCAUGGUGGUGGGAGUGGUGGUGACGGCAGUGUCGGCGGCGGGCUACCGCAAGUACACGGCCUACCGCGCCCGCCAAGUGGACGCCGUCAUGGCCAGGGCCCGGAGGCUGGCCCGCGGCGAGGGCGGCGCCCCUGCCCUGUUGGACCUUGGCUCCGGGGGCGAGCUGCUGCGAGUGAUGGCGCCCUGUGACCUGCUGACCUCAGGGGCUCUCAUCAACGGCACGGGCAACGGUAAGGAGGUGGGCGCCGCCCUCUCCAGGAAGGGCAGCGUUGACAUCCUGGCGGCGGCCAAGGCGGCGGCGCGCCGGGGCAGCGUUGACAACCUGAGUGUGCGGGUGACGGAGGCAAGCUUCGGCCCCACCCCGCGGCGAGGCGGCGACGCCCCCCGCCGCCAGGGAGGCAGCACAGAGAACCUGCUGGACGCCGUGGCGGCGCCCCCGACCAUCGAGCUGUGCCCCGGCAUGGUGGUGGUGCCCGUGUACCUGGAGGAGUGGAGCAGCACGGUGGAGGUGUACAUGCCGGACGAGCACGAGGCGCCGCUGUGGCUGUACUCCGACAUGCUGCUGCUGUUCUGGCUGGCGGUGCUCCUCGGCAGCCUGGGCCACAUGCUGCUCAACGCCGCCUUCAUCGUGCUGGGCGCCGCCUUCCACACGCGGCCGAGCCUCACCGUGGACGUGCUGUGCGGCGUGCUGGGCAGCAUCGGAGGCGUGUGUGUGGUGGGCGCGGUGCUGGCCGCCCGCCGCUGUCACACUGUAUACCAGCACUACCUGCACCAGGACGCCGCCUCCGCGCUGGACGACACCACGCUGUUCAAGCGGCCCGCGCUGUGGCAGCUGCUAUGAGGGUGGAGGAGCCGUAGGGUCGUUAAGUCGUUGGUUUAGCAAUAGUGUAUCCCUUCCCCUUGUACCGCCGCCCUGUUUCUACACUAACAUGACAAAUCUUCCAAGCAUUAUCGGGGGUAGAAGACGGGAAGAUCGAUGUUCAGUUUUUUUACCAGUAUACAGAUGUUAAGGAUUAAGAGGGUAGUAAAGGUCACGAUAAGUUCAUCUCUACAUUUCUUUAGCGUUGUGAACCUUUCUAACGACAGCCGUAGAUAGUUUUUUGCCUAACGUUACAUGGAGGGAAGUACACCUUACUUACGCUGAGGCUCGCAGAAGAGGAAAAGCCAAUUGAGUCUUAAGAAAUCUCAGUUACUGACGAAGGUAGAGAUGGUUUUAAUUUUUUCAAGUUACAAUUUUUUCCAACACUGGUUAAAGCAAGGAAGCGUUUCUUGUAACAUUUAUUGAAGCAAGGAAGCGUUUCUUGUAACACUGGUUGAAGCAAGGAAGCAUUUCUUGUAACACUGGUUGAAGCAAGGAAGCGUUUCUUGUAACACUGGUUGAAGCAAGGAAGCGUUUCUUGUAACACUGGUUGAAGGAAGGAUGGAAGCGUUUCUUGUAACACUGGUUGAAGCAAGGAAGCGUUUCUUGUAACACUGGUUGAAGCAAGGAAGCGUUUCUUGUAACACUGGUUGAAGCAAGGAUGGAAGCGUUUCUUGUAACACUGGUUGAAGCAAGGAAGCGUUUCUUGUAACACUGGUUGAAGCAAGGAAGCGUUUCUUGUAACACUGGUUGAAGCAAGGAAGCGUUUCUUGUAACACUGGUUGAAGCAAGGAUGGAAGCGUUUCUUGUAACACUGGUUGAAGCAAGGAAGCGUUUCUUG